AUGGAUUCGUUUGUCGACGAGCACCCAGGUGGCGCCAAGAUUCUGAAGAGAGUGGGUGGAAAGGAUGCUAGUAAGCAGUUCUGGAAGUACCACAAUGAGAGCGUAUUGAAGAAAUACGCACCCAAACUCAAGAUCGGCACAGUUAAGGAGGAGUCCAAGUUAUAA